UGUCACCUGUCAGUGUCCAUGAGUGCUGCCCAUCUGAGCUGCCUUUCAGUGUCACCCACCAGUGCCAGUCAGUGCCACCUAUCAAUGCCAAUCAGUGCCACCCAUCAGUGCUCCCAAUCAGUGGCACCUAUCAGUGCCAGUCAGUGCUGCCUAUCAGUGCCAGUCAGUGCCACCUAUCAAUGCCAAUCAGUGCCACCCAUCAGUGCUCCCAAUCAGUGGCACCCAUCAGUGCCAGUCAGUGCUGCCUAUCAGUGCCAGUCAGUGCCGCCUAUCAGUGUGCAUCAGUGCCGCCUAUCA